GUGGAUUACACACGUCAGUUCCUCCAGGGGAUGGCCUCUCCCGAACAGGACCUAGUGGCUGAGUUUCGCAUUAGGGGAGGGAGAGUAUGGCCCCGCUCUAAUCUUGGCAGACGGAGGGGCCUGCCUUCUGGAGCUGACCUCUGCCGUCUCCUGCCGCCCGGGCCUGUAUCUGCCAGGCUCUCAGCACUCGGUGCUGGUCCUGUUCUGUCUUGCAAUCCGUUUUCCAUCCACAGUGUGUUUGAGAGGAGCUGAGCGUAGUCGCAUUGUCCGGGGUGCUGAUGUGGCCCACAGGAGAAGGGCUCUGUUCUCCUCCAACAGGGAUUCCGAGUGAGAGUCCUCACUUUCUUCCCCUGGGGUGUUGGCAGGGAGCUGUUUCCAAUCCAGUACUUAGGGCCAGCCUUUUACCUAUGCACCUGUGGGAAUUCACUCCUUUGCUCAUUAACUGUACCUGGGAUGUUCCCCACUCACGGGCUGGCGGGCGGGCGUCAGGCCACGGUCGGUACGGGUUUGGGGAUGUGGGUUCUUUUUUUUUUUUUUUUUUUUAUAUUUUAAUUUAUUAGAGAGCAAGAGAGAGAGCACAAGGUGGGGCGGGACAAGCAGACUAUCCCAUGAGCAGGGAGCCUGAUGUGGGUUCUGGGAUCAUGAACUGAGCCGAAGGCAGAUGCUUAACCUACGCCCAGGGGGUCCCCCUGGGGAUGCCAGUUCUUUGCUGUUGCUUGUGCUCUGCCAUGCACUGGCUUGUGCGGCACACUGGACUUUAGAGCCACACAGACCUGGGUUCCAGUCCGUUCUGUAACUUUCUGAAACCCCACUUUCGUGAUGUGUGGAACAUGUGCAGAAAGACCUAGUUGGCCCGCUGUGGAACCUGAGAUGUCCUGUGUGAAGUUACAGGCAGAGUGACGAGCUGCGGUCCUGGCUGCACCCCUGCCAUCUGGAAACGUAUUGCUGGACUCAUCCUCACAGCACCUGUGUGCGGUGGCUCUCAUGAGCCCCAGUUUACAGAUGAGUUUGGGCUGCCAGCUCACCGCGACCUGUGGUUACGAACGCUGGGAAGCACAGUGGCCAUGGACGACCUGGGGGAAAACACCACCGUGCUGUCCACCCUGAGGUCUUUGAACAACUUCAUUUCUCAGCGGGUGGAGGCAGGGUCUGGACUGGACGCUUCCGCCUCUGCCCCAAGCUCUCUGCAGAUGCAGUACCAGCAGAGCAUGCAGCUGGAGGAACGAGCGGAGCGGAUCCGUUCCAAGUCCCAGGUCGUCCAGGUGGAGCGGGAGAAGAUGCAGAUGGAGCUGAGCCACAAGAGAGCUCGAGUGGAGCUGGAGCGGGCGGCCAGCACCAGUGCCAGGCGCUAUGAGCGCGAGGUGGAUCGCAACCAGGAGCUCCUGACGCGCAUUCGGCAGCUGCAGGAGCGGGAGGCCGAGGCGGAGGAGAAGAUGAAGGAGCAGCUGGAGCGCCAUAGGCUGUGUAAGCAGAGCCUGGACGCCGCCAGCCAGAAGCUGCGGGAGAAGGAGGACGGCCUGGCUGCCGCCGGCGAGACCAUCAGCGCGCUGAAGGCGAGGGUCUCCGAGUUGCAGUGGAGCGUGAUGAACCAGGAGAUGCAGGUGAAGAGCCUGGAGUCUGAGAGGCAGGAGCUCAAGGAGCAGCUGGCCUUGCAGCACAAGAAAUGUCAGGAGGCUAAUCAGAAGGUUCAGGAGCUCCAGGCCAGCCAGGAAGCGAGGGCCGACCAGGAGCAGAGGAUCAGGGAUCUGGAGCAGAAGCUGUCCCUGCAGGAACAGGAUGCUGCGGUCGUGAAGAAUAUGAAGUCUGAGCUGGUGCGGCUGCCCAAGAUGGAGAGGGAGCUGAAGCAGCUGCGGGAGGAGAGCGCCUACCUGCGGGAGAUGCGAGAGACCAAUGGGCUGCUCAGGGAGGAGGUGGAGGGGCUGCGGCGGCGGCUGGGACGGCAGGAGAAGAUGCAGGAGAGUCUGGUCGUCCUGGAGCUGGAGAAGGAGAGGCUGCUGGCAAAGCUGCAGAGCUGGGAGCGGCUGGAGCAGACCACGGGCUUGAGCAUCAGGACCCCGGAAGACCUUUCCAGGUUCAUUGUUGACCUGCAGCAGCGAGAGGUGGUCUUGCAGGACCGGAACAACACCAUCACCAGCAGUGCCCGCGGGCUGGAGAAGGCCCUGCAGCAGCUUCAGGAGGAGGUCCGCCAGGUCAGCAGCCAGCUGCUGGAGGAGAGGAAGAAGCGGGAGACGCAGGAGGCCCUGGCGCGGAGACUCCAGAAGCGGGUCCUGCUGCUGACGAAGGAGCGGGACGGAAUGCGUGCCAUCCUGGGUUCCUACGACAGCGAGCUGACCGCGGCCGAGUACUCGCCCCAGCUGACGCGUCGCAUGCGUGAGGCCGAGGACAUGGUCCAGAAAGUGCACGCGCACAGCUCAGAGAUGGAGGCUCAGCUGUCACAGGCCCUGGAGGAGCUGGGAGGCCAGAAGCAGAGAGCGGACAUGCUGGAGAUGGAGGUGAAGAUGCUACAGUCUCAGUCCAGCACCGCCGAGCAGAGCUUCCCGCUGUCCAGGGAGGAGGCAAGCUCGCUCAGGUUGAAGAUUGAGGAGCUGGAAGGGGAGCGCAGUCGUCUGGAAGAAGACAAGAAGAUGCUGGAAAUGCAGCUCGAGCGGUUCACCCUGCAGGGCAGCUACGACCAGAGCAGAACCAAAGUGCUGCACAUGAGCAUGAACCCGGCCAGCGUGGCCAAGCAGCGGCUCCGUGAGGACCAGGUCCGGCUGCAGGAGGAGUGCGAGCAGCUACGGGAGCUCGUGCGCGCCCUGGAGCAAGGCGGCCCCGUGCCUGCCGGCCUGGAGGCCGCCGCCAGUCUGCCUUCGUCCACGGCGCUGACAGAGCUGAGGAAGCAGGUGGAGAGCGCUGAGCUGAAGAACCAGCGGCUCAAGGAGGUCUUUCAGACCAAGAUCCAGGAGUUCCGGAAAGUCUGCUAUGCGCUCACGGGCUACCAGAUCGACAUCACCACGGAGAACCAGUACCGGCUGACGUCCAUGUACGCGGAGCACAAAGCCGACUGCCUCAUCUUCAAGGCCACGGGACCCUCGGGCGCCAAGAUGCAGCUGCUGGAGACGGCGUUCUCACACUCGGUGCGGGAGCUCAUCGAGCUGCACCUGCUGCGCCAGGACAGCAUCCCGGCCUUCCUCAGCGCCCUCACCCUCGACCUCUUCAGCCGCCAGACCGUGGCCUAGCCUGCAGCCGUGCGCCCCGGCGGCGGCCGCACCUCAGCUCCACGGUGCACGUGGGCAGCCGCCCCCAUGCACCCAGCCCGGCCCGGGCCGCAUGCUGCCCCCUCUGCCCAGGACCCCUGCCAGCUGCCCGGGGGCCGCCCGCUCUGCAGGGCAGGGGCCCCGCCCUCCUCCUUCCCCAGGAUGUGCGGUGCCGCUGCUCUGACCCGAGGCCUGGGGGCCGAGCCGUCCCAGCCCGCUUCCAGUCCCCGCCCCGGCGUGGGCCCCCACCCACGCACCGCUCAAACCCAGCCGUGUCGGGGGCUGCCAGCCAACGUCCCUGCUCCCCCUGAAAUAAAUUUUGCUCCUUGGCCA